AUGUUUAAAUACGGCUCGACCCAUACCACUGGCAUACUGCGGCUACCAGUCCUACCAGGCUUCGUCUACGGACCGUACGCACCACCCCUCCCACUCCCAUCCAAUUCAACAAACCUCGGAACGAACGGGUUCAUCUACGCGCUCCUGAGCGGGGGUAAACCGCCGCUCGCACCUCCAUGGGUAGUCGACGUCCGCGACGUAGCACGCGCGCACGUCCUCGCUCUCGAGCUCCCGCCCGUCCCGACUCCGACUGUGACUCCAACACUCGACUCGUCCACACUGUCCGGGUCCGGCAGCGACCAGCCCGAGCGUGACCGGGACAUCCAAUCCAAGAGGAUCAUCAUCAACGCCGGGAAUUAUACUUGGCCUGAAGCCAUCGCGUUCCUCAAGCAGCACCCUGGGUUGGAGGAUAAGGUGAAGGAGGGUCUGACGGAUCCCGAGGCGUUUGGGGAGUUGCCUGGUCCUCCGUCCAGACUGGAUAACACGAGGGCUAGGGAGAUGCUCAAUAUGGAGUUCAUCGCUCCAGAGAAGACGAUCGAAGAGACUGUAAGGGUGAUGCUCCAGCUCGAGGCAAGCUGGGCGCCCACUACGUAG